AUGUCAAACUCCGGUGAUAGUAAGGAAAAUAAUCUGUUUCUGCGAAAAGCUACCAACAUCUUAUUUCUAAACAAUGUUAAGAAAGACACAGCAUCAAAGUCACGUGGGAAUCUCGCUGAAGAUGAAACCUUAGAUUGGUUGAAGCCACGGGCACUCUUAGUCCCUGAGGAUCAAGAAGACGUUCCAGAAGCCGAACUUGAUGAAGAGAUCGGGCGCUUUCUCACGACCAUAAAUCCCCAGUGGGUCGCCGAUGAAGUUGCCUAUCACUACGGACAAGCUAAAUUCGUAGUGAAACCCAAACCUACUUUUGGAAAAGCAUAUCCUUUGUAUAUUUACCAAGGAACAGCUAUACGGAAGGACUCUGAUGAAGCGAAGGCGCAAAUAGCUGCUGGCUACGGUAAGGUCGGAUUUGAUGAUGCGGGGCCUAAACGAGCUAAAGCUAAAAAGUCAACAACUGAAUUAGAAGAAGAAGAAGAGCCUGAAGCUGAUGCUCCACCUACAGAAGAAAAUAAAGCUGAGGAGGACGUACCUGAUGAAGAGAAAGCCAAUGAAGUAGGCGGCGAGGACCAUGAAGCCACACAAGCUGACACAGCAGCCGAUGAAGAAACUGAAGCUGUUGCAGAUGAAGGUGCUGAGGAACAGGUUCCCGAAGAUGAAGGAGGAGGCGGCGAAUCGCAAGUUGAAGAAGUUAUAGAGAUAAAACCACGUGUCAAAAAGCUCGCCAAUCAGUUUAACUUCUGUGAAAGAGCUGCAUUGACUUAUAAUUUUCCUAAAAGGUCUGUGGACACUCAAACAGUGCCUCCUCCAAGAGCUAAUUUUGGAGCUACAUGUCUUCAAAGUAUUAUAUUUGAUUUCUAUCAGGAAGAUUACGCUAGAAAACAACGUGAAAAAGAAGAAGAAAAACCAAAAAGAUUACGCAAAAAAACGGCUAAGCAUGUGAAAUCAGCCCAACAAAUACAUGAUGAGCAACUUGCUCAACGCAUUCGCGAAGCUUGGACCAUUCUUGAAAGAUUGGUCAACCAAAAUAUUUUUGAUGAAAUUGCUCAAGAUUACAGAUAUUGGGACGAUCCGUCCGACGAGUUCCGCGAGGGCAUGGGCUCAUUGCUGCCUCUGUGGAAAUUUCAAUUCGAACCCAUGCGUAGCCACGCUGUCUGCGAUGUGCAAUGGAAUCCUCAUUACCAGGAUUUGUUUGCUGUUGCCUAUGGCUCUUUGGAUUUUACUCAGCAACAGAAAGAAGGAUGUCUUUGCCUCUACAGUAUUAAGAAUCCAGCGUUUCCAGAGUAUUCUAUAAUUACUGAAUCUCCGAUUAUAUGCCUGGACGUUUAUAAGGAAACACCUUAUCUUAUUUGUAUUGGUCGCUAUGAUGGAAAUGUUUGCGUAUACAAUGCGCAAUUAACGCUGGAAUCUUCUUACCAAUACAAGUCAGAUUCUGUGAGAGAUAAACACAGCAAUAUUGUAUGGGAGAUAAAAUGGGGUGCACGUAUGAUCGACGGCGAAGCAUCAUUCUUCUCGAUUUCAGGAGAUGGCCGCGUGGUUCAGUGGGCUGUAAUGCCAGGAGAGUUACAGGCCACAACUAUUAUCACGCUGCAGUCCAACGUUCCCCCUAUUCCUGGUCCAGAUGGCACUUUACUCACUGUAAACAGUUGUGGCAGCUGUAUUUGCUUCCAUCCGGAGAAGGCGGAUAUAUUCAUGGUCGGAACCGAAGACGGUAUGAUCCACACCUGCUCGCUGAAGUACAACCGCAACUACGUGCGCUCCGUGCAGGGGCAUCAUAUGCCCGUGUACAGAAUCCACUAUAACAACUACAAUAACAGUAUUUACGCGUCGUGCUCUGGUGAUUGGCGUGUCAAGAUUUGGGAGGAUGGGCGCGACGAACCGCUGUUUAUGUUCGAACUGGGCUCGCCAGUUGGUGAUGUGAAAUGGGCCCCAUACUCCAGCACUGUGUUCGCCGCCUGCACCGCUGAUGGAAAGGUGUAUGUUUACGACUUAAACGUGAACAAAUAUCGACCGAUAUGCGUACAAGCUGUGGUCUCAAAGAAGACCAAAAAGUUGACGAGAGUCGAUUUCAAUCCGAGGCUACCUGUUAUUGUUUGUGGCGAUACAAAAGGAACCUGUCACGUGGUAAAAUUAUCUCCAAAUUUAAGAGUUAUGUGCAAACCACCUAAAAAGGCUCAAGUUGCAGAUCAAAGAACAUUACAGAUUAUGAAGCUGGACAAACUUUUGAGUUUAGUUCGUGACCCACCAUUUCAAACCGGCGUUGUUGACGAAAAAUUCGAUGACGACUAAUUAUAAUUAUGUAUAAUAACUAUUACUCACUUACUUUAUGGUUAUC